GAAGAAACGCGGUGUUUUUGUUUCUGUUUCUUUUUCGCCUUUGAGCGACGUCUCGUCUCUUCUUCCGAGCGUGCAGCCGAGCACGAACUGCGGUGUGCAAACCCCCCUCAAAAGAACCCCUCCAAAACACACACAACACAAAUCUCCCACAAAAAUUUCACGACGAUUCCUUUCUGCAAAGGAAAAUAGAAAAUAAAUUGUUCGUUGUGAGCGCCGCGGCGGACGAGCUGCGGCAUCUUCGCACUUUGGCCGCUUUACAAGUAUCUCCUGUUUUUGGCUUUCGCUGCCGUUUUAUUUUUAUCUCCUUGCUUCUGCAUCUUCCGUUUUGCUGGUACGUACGCGUGUGCGUGUGCAGCACCCGCUGUGGCGGUCCCUUUCACAUUUCCUUACACACCGUCAAAGGCGAGACCGCAAGCAUCAUCUUGUUUUAGCCCCCACCCCUCCUUCCAAUGGACAGUACAACCGCACUUCUUAGCGAACGCACAACGCCAAGCCCAAUGCGCACCACCGAUGAGUCAGCUGGAAAGCCGCGCACUUCACUUCAGCGAUCAACGACACCGGUCAGGACAAAGAAGAACGCACCGACGAAGCUGACAGCAGCUACGAUGGCGGUUGCUGAGGCGGCUGGAGAGCGCGCCAACACGGCCGCGCCGUCUCCCACAAAAGGCAAACGAAGGAAGGUGGCGAAGUCUGCGUCCGCGGGUCCGCCGGGCGGCCCCAAAGCGGCACCGGCUCCAUCGUCGCCCCCGCCGCCAUCGCCGCUGUCUUCGCAAGAAAGAAGGGCGGAGGCGGGCACGCCAAGUGCACCCCCAAAGCAAGUAAAACAGCUGCCAUUCGAAAAGGGCAGUGAGACGCCGACGAAGACCGCGGUGGGGACGGGGGGGACCUUCGCGGAGACGCGCCGUUCGCUGCCUCCUGAAGACGCCGACAACGCGAGCACCGAUGACUUGGAUAACACCAGCACGUCCAGCGUGUCGGACAACUUCUCCGACGGCGGCAUCCGCAGUGGAUCGGUGCGUCGUGCGCCGGAGCUGGUCACCUCGCUUGCCGGGAAGCGACACACCAAGAUUGUGAUGAGCCCCCCCAGUGCGCCGAACAACGGCGGCGUACUCGGCAGUCUCGGCGGCCCUACGGGUAGCAGCGGCACGCUGAACGGCCGGGCCGUCGGUGCAAGCGGGCGUCGUGGUGGUCCCUCUGGUGCCCUCGGCAGUGUGAGCAGCGGUGGGGCAAAUGGCCAUCACCACUACGAUACCACGCUGCGCUACCGCACCGACUUGGACAAGCAGGUGAUUCACUUUAUGUUUGAGCGCUACGAACAGGAGCAGCUCUGUCCCACCGUCUCUUACCUCUCCACGAAUGCAGGGGAAGGCGUGCAGGGCGGCGGGGGGAGUGAGGAGUCGCCAGGAGAGUCGAGCCACGGCAUCCCCGUCAAUAGUAGCGGCAAUGAGAACAGGAAUAAUGCUGGUACUGCAAAAGCGUCGCUUCCGCUGUCCUCCGCCACCUCCUCACCAUCCCCACCACCACAACAGCCGCCGCCACCGCCAUCAUCAUCUUCGUGUUCGUAUGGUCUUCCUUCCGGUGCACCGCCACGCCCACGCCGCAUUGCAGUGGAGGAAGUUUUUGUUCCGUCCAACGGUGAGGGCGACGACCGCAACAUCGGCCUCGGCGACUGGCACUUCUUCUGGAUGCACGUCGGCCGCGUGCGACACACCAUCUGCUCCAGCGACUUCCGCUGGCAAGAUCACCAGAUCAUUAACCACUUCCCCGAUCACGCCGAGCUGACGCGCAAGGACCUGAUGUACAGGAACAUCAAGCGGUACCUGCGCGAGAAUCAGGCGAACAGCUACGCACGUCUGACGCUGCAGACGGCCACGGACUGGGUGUCGGCCGCCGCCAACGCCGCCUCCGCCUCUGUUGCGGUGGCGACGGGAGGCGGUGAAAGCGGUGCCAUGGUCUCUCCCACCGCCGCCGCCCUUGCUGGUGCGGCCACCCCGCCUCCCCUGAGCAGCGGAGCCGCUCUCCGCACCAAAGCCUUCUGCUUCGCGGACAGCGUGCCCAUCACGUACAACAUACCCAAUGACAUGAGCAUGUUCAAGGAGGAGUGCCAGAAGCAGCGCGGCACGCAGUGGAUUGUGAAGCCCACCUCGCGCUCGCAGGGCAAGGGAAUUUUUAUCAUCGACGACGUCCGCGCGCUGCAGCGGUGGGUCAAGGAAAAGAAAGAGACGGAGAACAUGGCUUCUUUUAUGGCGACGGGGCCGGCGAACCGCGCGUCGUGGGUGGCGCCGUCGGCGCUGCAGAUACAACGUGCCGCGCAGCAGACGCAGCUGGAGGCGGCGGUGGCGGCGAUCAACGCAGCGCGUUCGCCGGCCAGCCCACGGUCGCCGAACACCACCACAGCAGCAGCAGCAGCAGUAGCAACAGCCACCGCCACAACCACGAACGGUAACGGUGGUCCCUCAAACCCCCCGGCAACGUCAUCUGCACCUGUGGCCGCAGGUGCCAAUAGUAGUACUAAUACUAAUAACAAUAGUAGCAGCAACGGCACCGGCGCCGGUGGUUUAGGUGGCUACAUUGUGAGCCGCUACAUCUCCAACCCACUGCUGAUUGGAGGAAAGAAGUUUGAUCUGCGUCUCUACGUGCUUGUCACGUCGUACAAGCCGCUGGUGGCCUACCUGCACGAGGACGGAUUUGCGCGGUUCUGCGCGACGCGCUACAACGGCCGCAGCCUGGCCCAGGAAGACCUCGGCUCGCACCUGACGAAUGUUGCGCUGCAGAAGGGCGAUGAGCACUACAACACCUCCCACGGCGGGAAAUGGUCGUUUCAGAACCUCUUUCUCUAUGUGCAGAGUCGCUGCGGCCCGUACGCGGCGGAGGGGAUGAUGAAGAACAUUCAGUUCCUGAUCUACCACUCGCUGAAGGCGGUGGAGCCGGUGAUGUUCAACGACAAGCACUCCUUUGAGCUGUACGGCUACGAUAUUCUGAUUGACGAUCAAAUUAACCCGCAUCUUAUCGAGGUUAACGCAUCACCCUCCAUGUCCACCACCACGGUGUCCGACCGGCUGUUGAAGGAGCAGGUACUGACAGAUACUCUGAAGAUCCUUUUCCCUCCUGGCUUCCCAAUGAACAGCAAGGCGAUGCCGUACUGGGAGUACCGCCUGCGCACCGACCUCACCACGAAGCAGCAGACCGGCUUCAAACUGCUACAGUUUUGA